GCAGCUAUAAACAGGGAGCCAUUAUUAUCUGACACACACACACACCAACACACACACUGCUGUCGUGCCUGUUUCUACCUCAGAAGCUGCAGGAAAAACACACCUGCAGUGAAAAUGUUGAGGAAAUCUCUGGUGAGCCUCGGACUGCGGGUGAACCGGCAGCAGCACGCCGGGAUUCAGACGGCUAAAGCCGGCCUGAAUGCGGGGAAUCAUGCGGGCAUCCACCGCCGUGACGCAGCCACCACCACCACCACCGUGAUAAAUGACUCCGUGAAACAGAAAACCAUGGAUGAUUUAGGCGGACCGAGUUUGAUGUCCACUUUAAACUGGCUUUUUGUAAAGGGCUAUUUCAAAAAGGCGCAACAAAUGCAGAUUGAGCACAGGAAGAUCUACGGCCCUCUGUGGAAGUCAACGUUCGGGCCUCUGGUCGUAGUGAACGUGGCGACCGCUGAGCUGAUCGAGCAGGUCCUGAGGCAGGAGGGGAGGCACCCGGUCCGCACAGACAUGCCCCACUGGAGGAGAUACAGGGAGGUCAGGAACCAUGCCUACGGACCCCUGACUGAAAUGGGGGCCAACUGGCAGCGCAUCCGCAGCAUCCUGAACCCUCGGAUGUUGAAGCCCAAACACGUCUCCUCCUACACGAACACCGUCAACGACGUGGUGACGGACUUCAUCCACAGAGUGGCCUGGCUCAGGGAUACAAACGGAGGCGGAGUGAUGGUCAACGACCUGACGGAGGAACUCUACAAAUUUGCUUUUGAAGGUAUCUGUUCAGUGUUGUUUGAGACUCGUAUGGGCUGCUUGAACGAGGAGGUGCCGGAGGAAACACAGAAGUUCAUCGUCUCCGUGGGUGAAAUGUUUCGUCUCUCCAACGUCAUCAUCCUCUUCCCAAAGAGAAUCUGGCCCUACAUCCCCUUCUGGAAACAGUUUGCAGCCGCCUGGGAUUACCUCUUCAAAAUCUCGGAGGAGCUGGUGCAGAAGAAGAUGGCACAGAUCCAGCAGCAGGUGCACCUGAAGCAGCAGGUGGAGGGAGCGUACCUCACACACCUGCUGCUCAGCGACCAGAUGACCGUCACAGAGAUCCUGGGCAGCAUCACCGAGCUGCUGCUGGCAGGAGUCGACACAACCUCCAACACUAUCGCGUGGUCUCUGUACCAGUUGGCAAAGAUACCAGAGAUCCAGGAGCAGCUUUACCAGGAAGUGAUCCGUGUGUGUCCCGGGGACAAGGUGCCUACCAGCGAAGACAUCGCUCACAUGCCGUACCUGAAGGCUAUCAUCAGAGAGACGCUACGGUUGUAUCCGGUGGUUCCAGGAAACGCCCGACUCAACGUUGAAAAUGAGAUUGUGGUCGGAGAUCAUCUCUUCCCCAAAAACACGCUGUUCCACCUGUGCCACUACGCUGUGUCCUACGAUGAGAGCAUUUUCCCCGACGCUCACUCCUUCCUGCCCGACCGCUGGCUGAGAGGAUCCGAUGAGAGGACCAAGCAGCAUCCGUUCGGGUCGGUGCCGUUCGGCUUCGGGAUCCGGGCGUGUCUGGGCCGACGGGUGGCCGAGCUGGAGAUGUACCUGCUGCUCUCCAGGUUGAUAAAGCAGUACGAGGUGCGUCCGGACCCUGCAGGAACCACCGUGGAGCCGAUCACCAGAACCCUGCUCUGCCCGGCGACACCCAUCAACCUGCAGUUUUUGGACCGACCCCGAGCGGGGGUUUCUGUCUGAGCCUCGUUUAGUAUUCACACCGGGUCCCCGCCUGUUACCAAGCACGGAGCGGUCACAUCCAGAGGACCGGCUGGAAGGCACCACACAACAAGCUGGGUCCAGUUGUAGUCGUUUGUUUGGUCAGGAUUAACCUUUCCUCUAGUUUUUAUCUUGUUUUAGUCCCACAAAUGUCACUUUUUUACUUCAAAGAUAUAUUCAAGAGAUUCAACACAAUAUUGGUUUAGCCGUGAUCACGUGUCCAAGAUAAUAGAAAUAUAUUUAAUAAUGCCACAUCUCUUAUGCUGCUUCCCAUUUGCAUUGUCUCCUCAUGUCUAUGUGUGUUUCGGCUAGUUUUCCAAAUUCCAAAAUACAAACAUGUAACUCCUUUAGGCAGUGUUGGAAAAAGUACUCAGAUCCUUUACUUAAGUAAAAGUAAAAAUACUAUAGUCCUAAGAUACUCCACUACAAGUCCUGAUUUCAACAUUUUACUUUAGUUAAAGUACAAAAGUAUUAUUAUCAAAAUUAAACUUGAAAAGUUAAAUUACACACUCUGCACAAUAGCCCUAAAGCUUAAUGCACUUCAAAUAUCAAAAGUAAAAGUACUCGGUAUGCAGUAUGGAUUUUUUCACAGUAUUUUAUUAUUAUGGCUAUUAUUUGAUAUUGUUGUUAUAAUAAUAAUGUAAGAUUAUUUUAGUGUUUUAGCUUGUCAAUGUGGACAAAGUUACUACUAACUACAUUCAAAUACAUGUAGUGGGGUGAAAAGUAGAAGUGUGAAAUACUCAGGUAAAGUAGAAAUAUAUCAAAAAGUGCUUUAAGUACAAUACCAGAGUAAAUACUUUCCACCACUGCCUUUAGAAAAUGUCUUUGUGUUUUCUAAUUUUGUGUGUGUGUCGAUCCAAGGACAUUUAAACGGCCCUCCCCCCCAGCCCAAAAAUGCUCAUUGAAAGUUGAACUUUAGGAUAAGAUCAGAUAAAAUGUACCUUUAAUAAUCCCCGGGAACUUCAUGUGUCAGAUAAGAGUUCACACAGGGAUAAAUACAAAUUAACCUUUAAAUAACAGUAUGAAGAGAAAACUAACAACAAUAAGAUAUGGUAAAACUCUGAGUAUAAUAUACAUAUAUACAGUAAUGAGUGUAGAUAAUUAUGAAUGAACAUAAAUAAAUAUAUAUGUGCAGGUGUUAGUGGGAUGGCACGUCUUAUGUCCUGUAUAUACUACAUACAGUGCAGGUUUUAUAGUAAUUUUUGCACAAUUUGUAAUAAUUGACCAUUUAUUUUUGGACAUUUUACGUUUUUAUGCAGUUGUUUUGUGUCUAUUUGUGAAUAUUUUGCAUCUCCUUGUGAAUAUUUCUCUUGGUUGUUUUGCAUCUGUGUGAUUGCAUUGAUCUAUUUUGUGAAAAUGUUUUCUUGUUGACAACCAGUGGCCUUUUGUUGUACAUUUUAUUUUGUAUUUUUCCAUUACAAUCUAUUCCGUUUUAAUAAUAGUAGUUUUUGUCAUGUUCCCAUCUUAGAUGUAAGAAACACUGCUGCUGUGAUAACACAACAUUUAUCAGAACAAUGUUCCCUACAUUUGAAACAAAUAAUGUGGCCUCUUUUCUUCCAUGAUCGACAUGUAUCAUCUGACACAUAAAGGCUGUCUUUAUAAAACUAA